AUGAGUGCACCACCUAUUCUUGCACUUGCUUUCGCGACUCUCUUUCUCCCUCCUGCCUCGUUCCUAAUUCGUUCAUUCCAAUCUCUUACCCAGUUCGAACCGCUCUGGACCAGCCAUUUCGACGAAACGUGGUCUCUGCUACGUGCCAGACUCGAGGACCUGGAGGAUGACAACAUAUGGCUUGAACAAUCGGGCCAACUAUCGUGGUACUACAGUUACACCCCAUCAUCACCGGACAACUUCAGCCGCCCAGUCCAGGAUGGUUUCGAGUUCGUCCUCAUGUUGUGA